AUGUUUCUAUUUCUAUACACACUCCUGCUUUUCCAUCAAUUACAUGCAAAGGUGGAAAACACUCCUUGUCAAACCCUGGGAGACCCUAAGUACCCGCUGUUUUCCAAGGAUGGAGAUGUAACUAUUGGAGGAAUUUUUCCUGUACACAGAAAGGAAACAUUACCUUCUUUUGAGUUUACUCAAAAACCUCAACUUCUGUUAUGCUCAAGUGUGAAUCUGAGAAAUUUUCUUCUGGCUCAAGUAAUGAUCUUCACUAUCGAUGAGAUUAACAGAAAUGAAACUUUGCUUCCAAAUGUUUCUAUUGGAUAUCACAUUUAUGAUACAUGUGGUUCAAGGCUGUCUACCAUGAGUGCAACUAUGGGACUGAUGAAUGGUCUGGAUUUUGGAUCAGGUGACAGAUGCAACGGACAACCUCCUUUACCUGCUAUCAUAGGAGAAACCGAAUCGUCUGCCACAGUGAUUCUGUCCAGAACUACAGGACCUUUUAAAAUUCCAGUGAUAAGUCCCUCCGCCACAUGUGUAUGUCUCAGUAAUAGGAAAGAUUACCCCUCUUUCUUCAGGACUAUUGCUAGUGAUUACCACCAGAGUAGUGCACUUGUAAAUAUAGUCAAGCACUUUGGCUGGUCUUGGGUGGGAGCUGUGAACAGUGACACUGACUAUGGAAACAAUGGGAUGGCUGUUUUUCUGAAAAUAGCCCAGGAGGAGGGGAUUUGUGUGGAGUACUCUGUGAAAUUCUACCGAACAGAGACAGAAAAACUCAAAAAAGUAGUAGACACAAUUAAAAAAGGCACAGCAAAAGUGAUUGUUGCAUUUGUUUCAUUUGUUGAGAUGGGCUUACUUAUUGAUCAGUUAAGUAUUCAGAAAAUUGCAGGCUUUCAAAUGAUUGGUGUGGAGUCAUGGAUAACUACAACAAAUUAUAUCACUCCAAAUAGCUUUCAUUCACUGGGAGGGUCCCUGGGAUUUGCAGUGAGAAAAAUCAAUAUUGAAGGGUUUGCGGAUUAUCUUCUAAAAGAAUUCUGGGAUACAGCUUUUCCAUGCUCACAGAGUGAAGGGAAUUUUUCUCAAUAUGCUUUAAGUUGCAGCAGAUAUGAGGAGCUACUUGCACUAAAGAAAAACAAUGAAAAUGUACCUGAACUAAGAUAUGAAUACAAUGUCUAUAAAGCAGUUUAUGCUGCAGCUCAUGCACUACACAGUCUUAUGAAGUGCAAAGAAAAAAAAGGUUGUGAGAAAAACCUGACAAUACAGCCAUGGCAGAUGGUUGAGGCUAUGAAAAAAGUUAAUUUCACCACAAAGAUGGGUGAUCAUGUGUGGUUUGACGGCAGUGGUGGUGCAGUAGCCCAGUAUGAAGUUGUAAACUGGCAACAGGUAUCUGAUGGAUCAUUCCAGUUUAAAUCUGUGGGAUUUUAUGAUGCCUCACUUCCCCCUCACCAACGCUUGCAGUUAGAUACUAAAAAUAUAAUUUGGGCUGGAGGAAAGCUGAAGGUAAGGUCUGUGUGCAGUGAGAGUUGUCCUCCAGGCACUAGGAAGGCUGCACAGAAAGGAAGACCUGUCUGCUGUUAUGACUGUAUUCCAUGUGCAGAAGGAGAAAUCAGUAAUGAGACAGAUUCAAUUAACUGUAAGGAGUGCCCAGAAGAAUGCUGGUCUAAUGCUGAGAAAAAUAAAUGUGUGUUAAAGACUGUAGAGUUUCUCUCAUUUACUGAAUUUAUGGGUAUAGUGCUAGCCUUUUUCUCACUGUUUGGAGUGGGAAUAACUGCACUGGUUGCCAUCCUAUUUUACAACAAGAAGGACACCCCCAUAGUAAAAGCCAACAACUCAGAACUGAGCUUUCUGCUGCUCUUCUCACUUACUCUCUGUUUCCUCUGUUCACUUACUUUCAUUGGUCGUCCCACAGAGUGGUCCUGUAUGUUGCGUCACACAGCAUUUGGGAUCACUUUUGUCCUCUGUAUCUCCUGUGUUUUGGGGAAAACAAUAGUAGUGUUAAUGGCCUUCAAGGCUACACUUCCAGGAAGUAAUAUCAUGAAAUGGUUUGGGCCUAAACAACAACGACUCAGCGUUCUUACCUUUACACUUAUACAGGUCCUUAUUUGUGUGCUUUGGCUAAUAAUAUCUCCCCCAUUUCCUUACAAAAAUAUGAAAUAUUAUAAGGAAAAGAUCAUUCUUGAGUGCAGUCUGGGUUCUAUUAUAGGUUUCUGGGCUGUGCUAGGUUACAUCGGCCUGCUGGCUAUCUUGUGCUUCAUUCUGUCUUUUCUGGCUCGUAAGCUGCCUGAUAACUUUAAUGAAGCAAAAUUCAUCACAUUCAGUAUGCUAAUAUUCUGUGCUGUAUGGAUAGCAUUUAUUCCAGCUUAUGUCAGUUCUCCUGGAAAAUUUACUGUAGCUGUAGAGAUAUUUGCCAUUUUAGCCUCAAGCUUUGGUUUGCUUUUCUGCAUAUUUGUACCUAAAUGUUAUAUUAUCCUGCUUAAGCCUGAACAAAAUACAAAGCAAAACAUGAUGGGUACAUCAAAGUCCUACUGA